AUGGAAGAGAUAACAGACGGAGUGAACAACAUGAACUUGGCCGUUGAUUCCCAGAAGAAGAACCGGAUUCAAGUUUCCAACACCAAGAAACCAUUGUUCUUCUACGUCAACCUCGCCAAGGAUCUAAGUCGGUGGAACCAGAUGGUGAAUCAUUUCGGAUUACCUGGAAGCAAAACGUUUGCAGAACAAGUUGAGAUUUUGUCUCAAAGCUUGAAAAACUAUGUUAAGAUUGAAAUUACGCUUGGGAAGUCAGAGAAGUUUGAUGAGCUAAUGACUGCAGCCAAUGAAGAAAAGGAAGAGCAGCAGAAACUCAGGUACAAAGCUGAACAUAGCUUACUCCUUAUCUCUGAUGCCUUUGUGUUUACUCAUCCUCAAACUCAAGUAGUGUCUCCUCCCCUUUUCUCAUCUCACUCACACACUCUCUCUCGUUGCAGAACCUUCUCCUUCCAUCUCUCUGGUUAA